CUGAAAGGAGAUGCUUGGAGACGUGAGGCGAAGUAUUUUUCUUUGGUAGGUGACCUGAGGCUCACAAGACACGCCCAUCGGAGAGUUUAACAAUUGCUCGUGUUUCCUGUCAAACCCAUCGGAGAGUUUAACAAUUGCUCGUGUUUCCUGUCAAAGGUCAAAGUUUUUUUGAGAAUCCGAUCUACAUCUUGUUUAUUAUUCUAAUAAUGAUGUUUAAGCUUAUAACGGGAAGGAAGUGGCUGCGAAAGUCUGUCUGUGCAAAAAAACAGAAGAGAAGAGAGAGGAGGAUAAGAUAAGUGGACUACCAGAUGAAGUUCUGUUGUCCAUUCUGUCUCUUUUAUCAAUGAAAGAAGCAGCAAGGACUAGUGUCCUUGCGCGACGAUGGCGCAAGGUUUGGACUUUUAUUCCCAACUUGGAUUUUGAUCCUUCACAAGUGUUUCGUUCUCUUGCCCUGAAGGAACGAAGAAAAAUAUUGGGAGCACGUGAUAAUAAGAUGCUUGUGGACAAAUAUAUCGAUUGGGUAAAUCUUGCCUUGGAGGCAUAUCAGGGAUAUUCCGUAGACGAAUUUCGAGUGCAGUUUGAUUUGGAUGAAAAACAUUCUUGUCAUAUUGACAAAUGGGUUUACUUUGCAUUUGAAAAGAAAGUUAAACGGCUGGUGAUGGAGUUUCAGGAGUACUCAAUGGCUACGUAUAAUAAAAAGCUUUACUCUUUCCCCCCAUUAUGUGACACUACUUUCAAGAGUAGAAGAUCCCUUACAGCUCUAGACUUGAUUGGUGUAAACAUAAGUGGAUGUGUUGUUGAAUACUUCAUAGCUAGUUGCCCAUCUCUUAGGCAGUUAUCUGUUGAAUAUUCAGAUUCUAUGGUUGGUCUUAAAGUUUCUGGAGAAUCACUUUGCUUGGAGUACUUGAAGCUAGCAUAUUGCGACAAUUUGAGAAGCAUAUAUAUCUCUGCAGCAAAUCUCUUAUCAUUCGAGUAUCGUGGUCUAGGGGCAAAGAUCACUUUCGCGAAUGUACCCAAACUCGUUGAACUAUCUUUUCGGGGGAACUAUUCUGAAUACAUCAUCCGUAACUUUCCCCAGCUUUCAAAUUUUGCAUCUCAACUAGUGACGCUUAAACUAGCUGUGCCGCAACUCGAGGAAAAGGUAAAACGUCGUAAAUUCCCUUUGCUUGCACACCUCAAUAAUUUUGAAUUGAAGGUUUAUGGACGCGAGUUUGAGACUCUUCUUGCUUUUGCUCCUUUGAUCGAGGCAGCUCCUUCUUUGGUUAGAUUUGCAUUGGACUUUUGUUGGAUUGAGCUAACUUUGAAAAAGAUGAGGAGUCGAAGGAAUCGAAAGAAGACCCCAAAAUGUCUACACCACUGCCUUAAAGAAGUGGAAUUUGAUGGCUUUGUAGGGCAUGCUAUUGACAUGGAAUUUGCAAUAUAUUUGAUUCAGAAUGCAAUUGCGUUGGAGAAAAUUAUCAUUGCUCCUAUGGAUUCAUAUCGGAUGGGACGUUGCCCAUUCGUGGACGAUAUAUCAAAGGAGAUACAAAUUAUCAAGGAGCAAGUAAUGAAACUCGAAUCUGAAUUUUCCCUGGGAGACAAAUUAAUACUUCGCAAUUUUUGGUGAUUUUUAAUUUAGGAUAAUUUGUUGUGCCUUUGCGAGAGACUUGAAUAAUUGUAUCUUUAUCCUUUGAAUUCCACCUCCUUGAUGGUCCUGAAUAAAAAUUAUUUUGUAUUGAUGUAUUCAAUUCAAUUGGAAGAAGACAAGCACUGUGUUGUGCUUGCUUUGCCUGUAUAAAUUACGGAGGAUGUAAAGUGUAAUGGUUCAAAAUCAUACAAUUAUUCUCCA